UUAGUGGCGGCCAUUGAGGGACGGCCAACCUGUAAGCUGCAAUGGUUAACAGAGAAGCCAGUAUGGAUUGAUCAAUGGCCGCUCACUGAACAGAAGCUGUCCCAUCUCCCUCAAUUAGUUGAAGAACAACAAGUACUUGGGCACAUCAGGCCAUCGAAUAGUCCCUGGAAUACACCAAUAUUUACUAUACCUAAAACGUCUGGGAAGUGGAGAUUGUUGCAUGACCUCAGAGUAGUAAAUGCGGUGAUGAAGGAUAUGGGAGCCUUGCAGCCAGGACUACCCAGUCUGGUCAUGAUACCAAAGGAAUGGAAAAUAUUGAUAAUAGAUUUGAAAGAUUGCUUUUUUACCAUACCACUACAUCCAGAUGACUGUGAAAAAUUUGCCUUUUCCAUACCAGCUAUUAACAAAAGUGAGCCAUCAAAGAGAUACGAGUGGGUAGUUUUACCUCAAGGGAUGAAGAACUCUCCUGCCAUUUGUUAACUAUAUGUUUCUUGGGCUCUGCAGCCACUACGCAGACAAUUUAGUGCCUUUGUGAUUUAUCAUUAUAUGGAUGACAUUUUAGUUGCCGGACAAGACUUAAAUCCUAACAUUGUUGUACCUAUUUUUCAGCAGGAGUUAGCAAAGGCUGGAUUGGUUAUUGCUCCAGAAAAGGUGCAGCAACAAUCACCAUGGAAAUAUUUAGGUUGGAUUAUACCUGGAACUAUAAUUACUCCAUAAAAAGUAACUUUAAAUGAGAAAAUAGAAACACUAUCUGAUGUUCAAAAAUUGAUUGGUGAUAUCCAAUGGGUGUGCGUGAUAUGUGGUAUCACUAAUGAUGACCUUGCACUGCUGAUGCCUUUGCUAAAAGGGUCUCCCGAUGUGGGAGAACCUCAACAGUUGUCUCAAACACAGAAAAAUGCAUUACAAAAUAUUAUCGAUAAAAUCUCUAUGUCCAAAGCCAGCCAGUGGAACCCCGAGCUACCAAUUCAAGCUUUUGUCUUUAAUGGUGGUAUUCAGCCAUUUGCUAUCCUGGCACAGCGGGAUGAAAACCAGGUUGAUCCUUUAUGCAUCAUGGAAUGGAUAUUUUUGCCAUAUCGAUUAUCAAAAACCAUUGUGACUAAGGUGGAAGCUAUUGCCCAAGUGAUUAUCUCCCUAUUAUAG